GAGGGGCUGCUUUAGUUCUCAUUGAUGACUCUGCCUCCCCUCCCAGCCUGGGAGCUGCCUGCUGCUGCUGCUGCUGCUGCUGCUGUCAGGGCUCCAGCCCACCCCUGCCAUGGAGGAGGACCCCACUUUUCCCCACCUGGGGGAGAGUUCACAGCCCCUGCCCCGGGCCUGUCCCUCGCGCUGUUCCUGUCCCCGCGCGGACACAGUGGACUGCGCUGGCUUGGACCUACGGGUGUUCCCAGACAAUAUCACCAGGGCCACUCAGCAUCUCUCCCUGCAGAACAACCAGCUCCAGGAACUCCCCUACAAUGAGCUGUCUCGUCUCCGGGGCCUGCGGACCCUGAACCUCCACCACAAUCUGCUGUCCUCGGAGGGCCUGCCGGAUGAAGCCUUCGAGUCCCUCACUCAACUGGAACAUAUUUACGUGGCCAAUAACAAGCUGUCGGUGGCUCCGCAGUUUCUGCCCCGCUCCAUCCGCGUGGUGGACCUCGCAGCUAAUCAAGUGAUGGAGAUCUUCCCACUUACUUUUGGGGAGAAGCCGGCACUCAGGUCUGUGUACCUCCACAACAACCAGCUGGCCAACACCGGCCUGCCCCUGGACGCCUUCCGCGGCUCCGAGGCUGUGGCCACGCUCAGCCUCUCCAGCAACCGCCUGCGCUAUCUGCCGCCUAGCCUGCCGCCCUCACUGGAGCGCCUGCACCUGCAGAACAACUUCAUCUCCAAGGUGCCGCGGGGGGCCCUGGGCCGCCACAGACACCUCCGUGAGCUCUACCUGCAGCACAAUAAGCUGACAGACAGCGGCCUGGACAACAGCACUUUCAGCAAACUGCACAGCUUGGAGUACCUGGAUCUGUCGCACAACCAGCUGGGCUCGGUGCCCGCGGGCCUGCCUGGGAACCUGGCCGUCCUACACUUGGGGAGGAACCGCAUCCGUCAGGUGGAGGGGGCGCGGCUGCGGGGCGCCCGGGGCCUGCGCUACCUGCUAUUGCAGCACAAUGAGCUAGGGCCUUCGGGGCUGCCGACAGGGGCGCUGCGGCCGCUGCGGGGCCUGCACACGCUGCACCUGUACGGCAACGGGCUGGACCGUGUGCCGCAGGCGCUGCCCCGCCGUCUGCGGGCCCUGGUGCUGCCUCACAACCACGUGGCCGCGCUGGGCGCCCGUGACCUGGCCGCCACGCCGCGCCUCCUGGAGCUCAAUCUGGCCUACAAUCUCCUAACCAGCGCCCGCGUGCAUCGCCGCGCCUUCCGGCGCCUGCGGGCCCUGCACAGCCUGGAUCUAGCCGGCAACCAGCUGACCCAGCUGCCCAGUGGUCUGCCUGUCACUCUGCACAGUCUGAGGCUGCAGCGGAACCGGCUGCGGGCCCUGGAACCUGAGCCCCUGGCCGGCCUGGUCCAGCUGCGGGAGUUCAGCGUUGCGCACAACGGACUCCGCGUAGGAGACAUUGAGCCCGGCACGUGGCAUGAGCUGCAGGCGCUCCAGGUGUUGGACCUCAGCCACAACCAGUUGUCCUUCGUGCCCCCCGACCUGCCCGAGACCUUGGAGGAACUGCACCUGCAGGGCAACCGCAUUGGCCACAUAGGUUCUGAAGCCUUCCUCAGCACGCCCCGCCUGCGCGCCCUCUUCCUCAGGGCCAACAGGUUGCACAUGACCAGCAUCUCGGCCGAGGCCUUCCUGGGCCUCCCACACCUGCGCGUGGUGGACACGGCGGGCAAUCCGGAGCAGGUGCUGGUCCGACUGCCGCCCAAGGCUACACGCGCCCCGAGGGCUGGGGGCUCCUGAGACGGAAGGACACCCCUGACUCCUAGCAGGGCAGGCCAAGAACAACCCCCUCCUCUGGCCUGGGGCGAGGUGUGG